AUGAGUGCACUAGCGAGUAGACCUAGUGGCGGAGCAACUGGUGGUAUUACCGGAGGUAGCAGUGAUGGAUCAACGGAAAAUGAUGUUCUAUCGCAAUAUAAGGUUCUUACAUUAACAUUCAAUCAAGAUUGUACAUCUCUAGCUAUGGGUACAAGAAAAACCUAUGCCUUAUUUACCAUCAAUCAAGAUAAUAAGAUUGAUGAAAUCUACGAUUGUGCUUAUGACGAUGUAUCCAUAAUUGAACGUCUAUUUUCAAGUUCAUUAAUAGCACUUGUUAGUAAUCAAGCACCACGCAAAUUAAAAGUGUGUCAUUUUAAAAAAGGAACAGAAAUAUGUUCGUAUUCAUUUGCUAAUUCAAUUCUUGCCGUUAAGCUCAAUCGAUUGAGACUUGUUGUCUGUUUGGAAGAAAGUAUUUAUAUUCAUAAUAUGCGCGAUAUGAAAGUAUUACAUACAAUUCGAGAUGUACCAUCGAAUCGUGAAGGCCUAUGUGCAUUAUCAUCCAACAGCGAUAAUUCUUAUUUAGCUUAUCCGGGCAGUUCAAUAACUGGUGAAGUACAAGUUUUCGAUACAUUAAAUCUGAAACCAGGUAUUAUGAUCAGCGCUCAUGAAAGUCCACUUGCCGCAAUAGCUUUCGAUAUAAGCGGAACAAAAUUAGCAACUGCAUCGAAUAAAGGAACGGUUAUUCGCGUUCAUAGUGCUGUGGAUGGUUCACGACUUUUUGAAUUUCGCCGAGGUGUCCGACGAGCUGCUACAAUAUGCUCGUUGGCGUUCAGUCCUGAUUCAAUGUUUUUAGCGGCAUCAAGCAAUACAGAAACAAUACAUAUAUUUCGUUUGACUAAUCCAAAAGAAAAAGCACCUGAAGAAGCUACAUGGAUGGGCUAUUUUGGUCGUAAAUUAAGUGAUGUUGCCCAUUAUUUACCAAAACAAACAUCUGAAGUAUUAACACAAGAUCGUUCAUUUGCUUUUGUACAUUUACAAUCACCUGGCAUGAAAACAACUAUUUCUAUGAACGUAUUAAAUAAAACAUUGAAAUUAUUUGUUGCCGGUUACGAUGGUGUGGUUUGUGUAUAUGAAGUGAACACAAACGAUGGCGGCGAAUGUAAACAAAUUAGUCAGCAUCUCUUGUUUAGCAUGUCGCCGAACUUAACUAAUCAACAAAUAGUAACAACCAACGAGUCACGAAAUUCUAUUGGAAAUGCAAUAACAAAUGAUAAUGCAUCUGUUACAUUAACACCAACAAGUCCAACAGCACCGAAAAAUCUUGUUCAUCCAUCAUCGAGUAUUCCAAAUGAUGAACAAAAUUCUCCUCGAUUACCUGCAUCACCACCGGGCCUUUAUGAUUAA